AUGUCGAAUGCUAAUGCAGCGUCUGAGAUUGCUACCUUCGCAGCGGGGUGCUUCUGGGGCGUAGAGCACAUCUUCUUGAAGCAUUACCCACCUUCCCAGAACAAAGGGAUCUUGAAAACCAGCGUUGGGUACACCGGCGGAAACCCGCUUGUCAAGAACCCGGAUUACAAGACGGUGUGCACUGGGGCGACAGAUCAUGCUGAGGCGGUGAAGAUCGAGUUUGAUCCUUCAAAGGUCACAUAUGCCCAGCUUGUGGAGUUCUUUUAUCGCACCCAUGAUCCGACGACUGAGAAUCGCCAAGGAGGUGACACCGGCACUCAAUAUCGGUCUGCAAUCUACACUCACUCUCCAGAGCAAGCGGAGAUAGCGCAGCGAGUUACGACCGAGGUGCAAGCCAAGCAUUUCACGCCCCGGGGAAAGAAGAUCGUUACCGAAAUCACUGCUGCUGGCGAAUGGUGGGACGCUGAGGACUAUCACCAGCUCUACCUGUUCAAGAAUCCGAGUGGAUAUCAAUGCCCGACGCACCGUCUUCACUGGUGA